GCACAAACCAGGAAGUGCACAACGUAAACAGCUGUCUCAAGUCCAGGAUCAUCAGCACCAGUUAAGGGAAUGGCAGGCAGAUUGUCUCUUUCUGAAGUUGACAUAUCGUGCCCAAUCUGUUGUGACAUCUUUAACAACCCUGUGGUGCUCAAGUGCAGCCAUAGUUUUUGCGAGUCAUGCCUGCAGCAGCACUGGGCCCGGAAUAGGCCCAGAAGAGACUGUCCCUUGUGUCGAAACGAGAGCUUUGACGACCCUGUGCCCAGUCUGACCCUCAGAAACCUGUGUGAGUCCUAUAUCCAGGACAGUGAAGAUGCAGAGGAGAGGGAAAGACCACCGCAAUGUGACCCAGGGGAGAUGUGUCCUUAUCACGGAGAGAAAUUCAAACUAUUUUGUCUCGUUGACAAAGUGCCGAUUUGUGUGGUUUGUCACACCUCAAAGAGACACAAGCAACAUGACUGCUGCCCUGUUAGUGAGGCUGUCGUCGAUGUCAAGGACAAAAUGAAGUCAACCUUAGAGUCACUGCUGGAAAAGAGGGCUACUUUUGAAAACAUGAAGAAGGUCUAUGAGGACAGUGAGUCACACAUACAGUUUCAGGCACAACUAGUUGAGACGAAAACACGUGAGGAGUUUCAAAUUCUGCACAGUUUUCUGGAAGCGGAGGAGGCAGCCAGAGUGGAAUCUCUGAGGAGAGAGCGGGAGCACAAGACACGAGCAAUGAGAGAAAAGGCUGAAAAAAUGUCCAGAAACAUAGAGGCUGUGUCUGACAGUAUCAGUGCCCUGGAGGAGCAGAUGACUUUGAAUGGUGUAUCUAUACUUAAUAACUGCAAAAGCGCACUUGACAGAUCCACCAUUCAUUGUGAGGAUGUAUUAAUGGCUCCAGGUGCUCUCAUAGAUGUGGCAAAAUAUUUGGGCUCCCUUAAAUAUCAUGUAUGGAAGAAGAUGAGCGAAAUCAUUAAAUACACCCCAGUGACUUUGGACCCCAACACGGCGGCCCCCUGGCUCGUGCUGUCAGAUGACCUCAGCAGUGUCCAUGACAGCGACAACAAGAAGAAUAUCCCAGACAACCCAGAGCGUUUCGACCCUGACACGGGGGUCCUAGGCUCGGAGGGCUUCACCUCAGGCAAACAUGCAUGGGAUGUCAGCGUAGGAAAUAACACUGCAUGGGUGGUGGGCAUCGCCAAACAGUCUGUCCAAAGGAAAGAGAAGGUGUCAUCUGUGCUCAAGAAUGGUUACCUGUCUGUGUAUUUUUAUCACAAGAUGUACUUUGCUGGGACUUCUCCUUUAACACGACUGACCCUGAAGAGAAAUCUGGAGAAGAUUAGAGUGCUGCUGGAUUGUGACAGAGGCAGAGUGUCUUUCUAUGACCCACAUGAUAACACACACAUCUAUACAUUCAAGCAUGCCAUCACUGAAACUGUUUUCCCAUAUUUUUGGGUGGGCUGCCAACAGUGUCCUUUAAAGGUAGAACCUCUUUGUGUUUCUGUCAAAGUUCAAGAACUAAUGCCUUUCUAAUCAUGAAAUACAUGAAGUUACACUGUUUCACCGUCAACCACAGCCUGGUUGUCAUAUUCAUUAUUACCGGUACAUCUGACAGUGUUUUGAUAUUGUUAUCCAAUAUUAGGUUGCACACUC